AUGGACCAUAAUGCUCACAGCCCAAGCAUGGCCUCUCAUCGCAUUCUUGCCGCCGCCUUGUUGGCCAUGGCUGUUACGAUAAACGCUCAGGUGAAUAUGAAAGUGCUCUCCUUCUUCUCUAUCCUCGCCCCCGACGUUUUCAAUAGCGGCACCUCGACAGUACACGGAAAUGUAGGAGCUUAUAAUGAUCCCGCUGUCGGCUUUCCUCCUGGCCGAGUUAUUGAUGGAGACAUUUACCCACCUGGCAAUCAAACAAACGAAGGGCGUACCUGGCUGCUAAUAGCUAUUCUAAAAAUACCAACCAUUACAGUUGACUUUGAACUCGAGACCCCGGAACUGGGUGGUCUGGUACUCAAGCCAGGUGUAUAUCGUUUUGUGGGAGGUGGAGCAGCUUCGCUAAAUGGCACCCUUUACCUUGAUGCCAACCACGACCCGAAUAGUAGGUGGGUCUUUAAUGUCCUAGACGACUUCACCAUCGAGAGCUUUGCUAGAGUUGUACUCUUGAACGGCGCCGUAGCCUGCAACGUUAUUUGGGGCGUGAAUCGGAAUGUCUUGACAGGAUCAAACGUUGACUUGCACGGGUACUUCAUCGCUCUCGGCUCAAUCACGAUAGGACCCGGUAGUACGAUAUUCGGCGGCCUGUACGCCUACAAACUUCCAGUGGUACUGCAAGACGAUACAAUCUAUCGCUGCGACGCGCCCCCUUUUAUACCGCCAACGGGAGGAGCGGGAAUCCCGAGUUUACCGACCGAGGAAGGCAUGGGAAUCCCAAGUACGACAACUGGCAUCCCCUCGACGGCGGAUGGUACGACAACCGCAAUAGCAACGUUGGAAACAACAACCACAGCUAGCGAUACGGCAUCUCACAAGGUUACGGGAUCAACCGAUACGGAUACAAUCAUUACUAGCCCUAGAAUGAGAGGCAGUAGUAGAAACACCACGACGAUAACGAAGGUCAUUACCUUUACGGCAACGUGCCCCGUGGCCCCGACGGUCAUCACUUCAUGUGGUCAAGAAUUCUAUAUUACAUCCCCCGGCACAAUGGUGUUGACGGCUACCUCCAUCAUUACGGCCAUAAACUCAUGCAAGGAGUGUGCCGGGAGCCAGCCGUUCCAAAUAAGACCGACCAACAGAACGCCAUGCCCAAGCUGCACCUCCGGUAGGGCAUCUGGGUCGAGGCAAUCAGACGGAGGGCGGGAGCAUCUUUCAGAACUCGAGAUCGAAGUAACAGCCGCUGCUUCAGAUCUCCGAAGCCUUGGCAUUUACGCUAUUCCAGUAGUCGCCCUUCUUAUGAUGGCUGUUCAUUUGCUCUGA